AUGGCAAAUUCCUCAGUAAACCUAAAGCUACUGAUAGACAGCCGAGCGAAAAGGGUGUUGUUCGCGGAGGCCGGCAAAGACAUGGUAGAUUUCCUCUUCUACAUACUCUCUUUGCCGGUCGCCAACUUAAUCAGCCUAGUCGGAAAAGAAGAGAUGGUGGGGUCGUUAGCCAACUUGUACGAGAGCGUACAUACGCUGAACGAGACCUAUAUCCAACCGAACCAGACAAAAAACACACUCCUCAAACCGGCUUACCCGGUCCCUGGCUCCACAGCUGUUCCUCUAUUGGCCCUCAAGGACUCUUCCUCGGGUGCUGGUCACAAAACGUUCUAUGGGUGCAGCUGUCCUGAGUAUGGUACUGGCUAUAUGAGCUAUGUUAGUGAUGGCCCAAAUGCCACCUGUCCAAGCUGCAACCGAUUAAUGUCAAGAGAAGUGACUUACGUGGCCCCACCCGUUGUGAAAAAGGUGCCGUCUGGUCCGGAAGGCGGGUUCGUGAAGGGGGUGGUGACUUACAUGGUGAUGGAUGAUUUGGUGGUGACUCCUAUGUCGACAAUCUCUAGUAUUACUCUGCUUAAUAAGUUCAAUGUCAAGGAAGUUGGAGCUUUGGAGGAGAAGGUGGUCAGUGUGGGCAUGUCCGAGGCUGUGAAGUUGGUGAAGGCUUCACUGGAGACCAAGAAUGUGCUCACCCAUGUUUUCCUGCGCCGUUGA